ACAGUGUUCCUCAACUUCACGGGACACAUGCACCCCCGAUCCAGAGUUAGACUUUUAUUUCUCUUUUUUAUUGGUAAUGUGGUUGAAGUGGAAAUGUCAUCUGUACGUGAGUUAAUUGAUUUGCUUGUUUGCUUUGUUUUUACAUGGACAAUAUUGCCCCACAACAUGUGGAAUUGCAGAUUGCUUGCAGAGAUACAAACCAGAGGCUGACAGAGAACUCAGCUACCUGGAAAACACCUUAAGUCAGAUCUCAAAUUUAACUACAGGAGCACACGAAAAGGCAAACUACAUAAGUGAUUCCAGCACAUCCUCAAGGAAAUCAUCUCCACAAGGAGAGACGACUGCAAUUGAAAUUGGUGCAAGAGAAAGUGAACCCCUCACAACUCGUUUUGUGAUGAACAAUCUACAUCUUACACAAAGACUGAAUGGAAGUGUGGACUUUUCUAAAACUUGUAUUCAGUACAAGGAAGGAUCUGGCUUGGCAACGAGAAAAUACAUCUGGUUUCUACCCAGGCUUCGAUUCUAUAUAUCAUCAGGAUCAAGCUGAAAGACUUGAAUGGCAAAACUAACGGUGAUACUGGAGAUGCUUUUGAUGGUCACGACUUCUGAGACGACCCCAGUGAUAAAGUACUUUACCUCCCACAAUGGAAUGCAGUUCAGUACCCCGGACAGCGACAAUGACAAGUAUCUGGGUAACUGCGCCCAGCAAGAUGGCUCCGGCUGGUGGAAGAAUCAAUGCCACGCAGCUAAUCUGAAUGGCAAAUACUACCAAGAACAUCAGGCCAGCAGAUUCAGCCAAAACUAGCCACCUGAAAAAAUGCAAAGUUCAAUGAAUAAUUUACAGGAACCUUGUUAGCACUGUACACACAAACAGAGUGACUAAUCUUAUCUUGGUCAGCAAGGGGUUCAAAUUGGAAGCAGAAGCAGUGAGCAUUAGCAUUUCAGCUCUUCUGCAGACCCACAACAAAAACGAUGAGACGGUUACACCUCCUCUGCUGCUUGCUAGCUGUCUUCUCUACAGCAUGGUCACAGAAAGUUGCUUUUGGGGACAUUGCCCAAGGAAGAGGACCCAGACCUGUAGAACAGGGAUACAAAAGUCAGUGUGCAACUGAAAAAGAAUGGGCUGCCUGUACAGAUGAUGACUGGGGCCUCAAAUGUCCAUCUGGCUGUAGAAUACAAGGGCUUCUAAGCCAGGCAGAUCGGGAUAUCGCUGAAAGAAUUGACAGAAUUCGAAAAUUUCUAGAGGAAAACAGGAACAGGUACAAAUCUACUGACCAGUUCACCAAACAGACCUAUGAUUACAUAAGGGAACAACUCAUCUCAGAUUCAGGAAAUGAUAAUAAGUAUGUUAAUCUGGCCGAUCAAUUACGUAGAAGAAUUGUUGAUCUGAAGCUGAAAAUUGACAACCAGCUCAGAAUACUUAUAGCAUUAAAGGACAAAAUCCGAGAACAAGUUGACACAAUGCAAGCGCUUGAGGUGGACAUUGACAUCAAGAUCCGAGCCUGCAAAGGCUCAUGUGCAAGUGCUUUUGUUUACAAUGUCAACACAGAGAGCUAUGUAACCUUGGAAAAACAAAUAUCUCAGAUAGAAAACAUCAAUUUGCAGAGAGUUGGAAAUGAUAACUCCAUGAGAAUAGUCACGAUGAGGCCCUUAAGGGGGGAUAUAGAUACAGUAUCCAGUGUAUACAAGUCCACACUGGUUACUGAAGGUGGAGAGAAAAGCAUAUUCAGAGACGUAGAGCAACUCCGACUAUCCUUAGAAACAGCAAACUAUGGGAUUAAACACAGUUCAGCUGAGGUCUCGGCCACUCCAGCAGUUGGGUCAGGUAGUGUUUCAAUUGGCUCUUCAUCUGGUGACAGACUCAGUGCCAAAGAAACCAGUAUCAGUGGGAAAUCAACCUCAGGUUCAACUGUUACUACACACACUAAGGUCGUCACAUGCACCAAAACAGUCAAAAAGCGUAUUGUUUACACAAAAGAUGGUCCAGUGGAGACCGUUGAAAUGACAGGUGGCUCCCCAGAAUGUGACCACUUAGAAAGCUUGGGCACUGAUGAUGCUGUGCAUUCAUCUGUCAAAGAGGGAAAGGGUGACAGUGGUAGCUUUACAAUGAAGGUGUCCGGUACCUCAGGGGGGGUAGAUGGCAUCUCUGAUCGCUUCCCCGACUUACAUUCUUUCUUCAACAAACACUCAAGUUCAUCCAAGAGUACCACAGAGGUUCGGGACAGUGGCGGCUCUUCUGUAGGAAUCACCUCCACCACAGAGCUUCCUGAUAAUUCAAGAGUUAAAACAGUUGUAUACUCUGAUAUGGGCAGAGGUGAUGGGGGUUUCGAAAGCCAAUUUGGGGGAGGGGACUUUAGUGCUUUCAAUACAGAAACAGUUUUCCCUGGUGGCAGCAAAAUGUCAGACAGGAAAGGUUCCUCAUCAUAUUCGAAGACCACUGUAGUAAGCAGUGGUUCAAGUGAGGAAGGUCCCUUUUCUGAACACAGGAUGCCUACUAGUAUCUUGGGCUCAAUAGGUGAUGACUUUGUGCAUAAUGAGGAUGACGAUGAUGUUCCAGACUUUCAUGCCCGCAGCCUGAAGAAAGAAGCAGUGGAACUUGUGAAAGGUUAUGUCGGAAAAGAUUGUGAUGACAUCCGUCAGAAACACGCUUCUGGUCACACAAGUGGCCUCUACCAAAUCAAGCCAGAGGGAUCAGAGGUAGCGGUGACAGUCUACUGUGAUCAAGAUACAGUGUUGGGUGGCUGGGUCCUGGUCCAACAGAGAAUGGAUGGAUCCGUCAACUUUAACAGAACCUGGGAGGAGUACAAGAUGGGCUUUGGCAGUACCAAUGAACAGGGGCAAGGGGAGCUCUGGUUGGGAAAUAAGUACAUCCACCUUCUGACCCAGAAGGAGAGCAUCCUCAGAGUAGAGCUAGAGGACUGGGAAGGCCAUAGCACUGAUGCUGAGUACCUUGUAGAUGUGGGCCCUGAAUCAGAGGGCUACAGGUUGAAGGUCUCUAAAUAUUCAGGGGAUGCAGGUGAUGCUCUUAUUAAGGGGGAGCCAGGCCUUGGGCCAUUUUUGUCCCAUGUGGAUAUGAAGUUCAGCACUUAUGAUAAAGACAAUGACAAAUUUGAGGAUAACUGUGCUGAGAUGUAUGGGGGUGGAUGGUGGUACAAUAACUGCCAAGCAGCCAAUCUAAAUGGUGUCUAUUACACUGGAGGCCAGUAUGACCCCCACAGUAAAGCUCCUUAUGAGAUUGAAAAUGGAGUGGUCUGGGGGACUUUCAAGCCUCAAGACUACUCACUUAAAAUUGUCAAAAUGAAAAUAAGACCCAUAGAAACCCACUAAACCACCUCCUGUGGGUAACUGUAUAUGAAUAGUGUACACAAAUAAUGUAUUGCAACUGAAAAACAUGACCAUAAGCUGUUAUUGUAAACAAUUUUCAUUAAACUUCAGCAUAUUCA